AGAAUAGUAAAGUAAUCAAGCCAACGGUUUUUUAAAAACGUUUUGUGUGUCUGUCCGGUUUUAGUAUAUUUUAUUUUAAAUGUAUUGAAAAUUUAAAGAUUUUUAGAUAAAAUCGGGCUGUGCAACUCAAGUAGACAAACUAUAAUCGCAAUACGGCAUUCGCCGUGUAAUAAAUUAGACAGAUAAUGGCGCCAACCAGAUUGGCAACGAAGCCCAUCGGCGUCAAUGAUAACUUCUUGAGCCAUGGUAUCACAACUAGAAGCAAGCAGUUGGCUUCUCUUAAGACACACAAAGAUAAUUUGAAAGUGCCUAAUAAAAGAAAAGCGGAUAGUCCGUUGAAGGAUGCGAUGGCGAAGAGGGCGGCGUUCGGAGACAUCACGAAUGCAUACAACAAGUCUUCAGGAGUCAACGACAAAAUCAUGCCGAUGAAGAAGGUGACAGUGGAAAGCAAAAUGCUCCCAGUACUAAAGAGUAUCAAACCACCAACUACUAUAUUGAAUGGGAAACCUUCAAAAACCAAGCAACUGCAAAGGGUGGCCACAAAUGCAUUGGAAUCCGUACAAAAACACUUUGCCAAAGACCCUCCUAAGCCCACAGCGACUAGAGCCCAAAAUGGCAUACUCAAGAACAUUGAAAGAAAAGAGAAAUCCAUUGGUAAAGAGAAUCAGAAUAACAGCCAAAACUCAAUGAAAUCUGGACGAAGUGAUAUUUCUGAACCUUCACUUUAUAUGACUGCAUUGGAAAAUAUAAGUCCAUCUGAAACUACAAAAGAAGAAUAUAAGACAAUCAGCGACAAGCUAGAUAAAGUAAACUUGGAUGACACCAACAACAAAUCCUUGGAUGAAGAAACUGAGACCCCACACAAGCCGCCUGCGGGUGUUGUAGAUUUUGACCUAGAGAACUGGAACGAUCCAUUCCAAGUGUCUCAUUAUGCUAUGGACAUUUUCAACUAUUUGAAGAGUAGAGAGCGCCUGUUCCCCAUUGAUGACUAUCUACUGAGAAUGGAAGGAAUCACGUCUUGGAUGCGCGCACUGCUUGUUGACUGGAUGGUUGAAGUUCAGGAGAGCUUCGAGCUAAAUCACGAGACAUUAUACCUGGCCGUGAAGCUAGUGGACCUUUUCCUGGCUCGAUCAUCGAAAACUCUUCCAAUACAGAGCCAACUGACAAAGGAGGAGCUGCAACUACUUGGAGCGUCGGCACUUUUUAUAGCUUCCAAGUUUGAUGAGCGCAUCCCUCCUCUAGUGGACGACUUCUUAUACAUCUGCGAUGGGGCGUACACACUAAGCCAGCUGCUCACAAUGGAGAUGAACAUACUGCGAGUGGUGGACUUCGACCUCGGCAUACCACUCUCUUACCGGUUCCUCAGAAGAUACGCCAGGUGUGCCCGUGUAUCGAUGCCGACACUGACACUGGCGAGGUUCGUGCUGGAGCAAUGUCUGCUCGAGUACAGCCUCCUGGAGCACUCGGACAGCAAGAUGGCAGCGGCCGCCCUAUACCUCGCGCUCAGGAUGAAGUCUAUUGGACAUUGGACACCGACGCUGCAGUAUUAUACAGGUUACACCGUAAAGGACAUUCUACCAAUAGCCCUAGCACAAAAUUCUGUUUUACACAAGAAGCCAAAAUCAGCUAUCAGCACAGUAAGGAAUAAGUACUCUCACACAAUCUUCUUUGAAGUAGCCAAAGUACCUCUCAUCGGAGACUCGGUGUUGACCAGCUGAAACGAGCCAAGUGGCACUUUACACACUGUAAAAAACAUAUUAAGGUGGGUCCAAUUCUUUUAAUAUAUUGUAUUGUGUUUUUGAUUGCCUAUAAUGUGUAAAUUUACACGCACACUUUCUUAGAGACUUGAGAGAUUACAUUGAAUCGAAUUUUUAUAUUUCAUGAACAAAUCGGCACAAUGUAGGCAGUCAAAGUUUAGAUGUAAAUGUCGCGGAACGUGUGCGCGUUGUCAAUUUUCUGUUAAUGUUAUUAAAAAUUCUAACUAUGUAUUGUAUAGACACGUCUGCCCAUGUUUUUGUUAGAAAACAUUUUUUUCAACGAUCAAUAUUGACUUUGUAGCAUUGUUUAACGGAGUUUUCUUGAUAAUUGUAUUUUACAAUAUGAGUUUUGUAUCGCCCUGUCUAGUGAAUGUUACGAUGGCGAUAUAUUGUAAGGUGCCACUUUAGGCUAUUUAUUUUGUAAGUUAAUGUUUAACAUUACAAUAGACAAGCGUGUCGCGCGUCGUACACCAUCGUGGUUAUACGACCAUAUCACUGCCCGUAAUUUAGUAGCAAAUCUAGGUAGUGACAAAUCUAGAUCAAUUAGGAAAGCUUAGUUUUUACAAUUUAUACUGUAAAGCGGCGUUUGCAAGAAGGCGAUUGUUGAAGGUCUGAAUUAUAUGUAUAAUUUUCGGCUUUUAUGAUUUAUUAUACAUUUUUUCUUUAUCUAAAAAGACUGAAAUUGCACGUGACUAAGGAAAACUUUGAGUAAUCCCAAGUUUUAUCGUUACAAAAUGUGCCAUAAACGUUUGUAUGUAUGGCAGAUCACUGAUACCACCAGAUUAGACUAAGAGGCAACUCUUUUUGUAUGGAGUACUAACCUAGCGAAACUAAGUUUCCAUAAAACUCCACUUUUGUUUGAAACUGUAUGCUUAGAAACCAAAAUCUCAUUAUGUAAUGUCACACACCUUCACAGUUCAAUAGAAACCUACCAAAAAUUAUAGCCAAUUCACAUUCCAAUAUUGUAUAUGCGCCUUGCUUAAUUAUAUGAUUAGAAUAUAUUGUCUUCCUAUAGGAAAUGUAGGCGUGAUAUCACUGCGCUUUAUUGCUAUGGUAGCGGAAGUACAUGUUUAUAAUUUUGUGUCUUUUAUUUAUAUGUAAAUUCUAUGUAAAAACCGGAUGCAUUCAGUCAAUGAAUGACUGCAAGCAAUAUUAUUGAUUAAAAAUAAUUCGCGAUUUCACAAGUCUAGCACUAGAUUUACAGUUAUGAAUUCUUAUCUGUCCUAUGCUUCGUAAUCAAUUUCCGUAUGUUUUUAUACACGUUAUAAAUAUGUAGUCUAUUCGGCGUGCUUUGCUAAAUCUCUUUUAAUUUUAAUUAUUAUUAUUAUUAAUGGAUUUUGUAAUGUUUUAAUAAUUAAUUUACAUAGUAAUUAUUGUGAGAUUAUUUGCAUCGAUGUCUUAUGUUUUGUAAUUUAUCACAUUUUAAAGAGUACAAAAUAUUGGAAUGUUAUUAAUAAUGUUGUUCAUUAAUGCUAAGUUUUAGAUUAAUUACACUUUUAAAACUGUUUUUUCUUGAUAGCGUUUGUCAUUUAAUUAUACAAAGUUAAUGUAAAACUCUUGACAUGUAAAUAAAAGUGAUUUUGGUUUGGUAACUGACGUACUUUUUAUUGUACCUGCGCGGAAAUUGGGGCCGUGUCAACUGUGCACUCAAAUGGUUCGACCACAUUGAGAGUACAAUGGACAUGCUUCUGGAUUUGAUUCCUGGUCUGGUUAUUUAAGGAUGGACUUUUUAAAUAUCUGAGUUCUUGAAAUCAGAGAAGUUUCAUUGCUA